CUGUUAUUAUACUUGCCUCUUGAGAUCUUGGAUUGAAAGUCGGGAGGAUCAUCACCGAAGCCAUGCAGGGCCAGAUUAUGCCAUUCCGGGUCAAAAUCCCCCCGCGGCCUGAAGCACGCACAUAUCAUUCCCGUCGCCCUCAUCGCAAGUCGCGUGCGGGGUGCGCAAAAUGCAAGCAACGCCGAGUCAAGGUAAGAACCCCCAUGAGCUCCAUGCAAUUAUUGUUCUCUGAUCUUGUCAAGUGCGAUGAAACGAGACCCCAUUGUCGAAAAUGCCAAAAACUCGGGAUCGACUGCACGUACGAAGCCAUUUUGCCUGUUGGCUGUGGAAACCUCAAUGGCGUGACUCAUUUCAUCAAACACGCUCCCUGCUUGACAGCUCCCGAUGCCAGCGCCUACUCCAUGUCCCUUCGCGCGGUUUCUACCAGCAUCGAUGAUAUCCUGCGCGUGAAACCAGGCAGGGUGGUUGGCGAUGGCUUCAGCAACCUCGACACCCUACGUCAUUUUCAAGAUGUGGUCACUUCUACCGUCAUCAGCAAGUUUGGUCGAGAGGUGAUGCGCGGGAAAGUGAUACGAUUAGCUUUCGAAUCGCCAUACCUCAUGCAUACCAUCAUCGCUACCGCCAUGGCGCACCUCCGCCAUUCUGUGCCUGAGCGCAGCCACAGCUCCUACACCCUCGUCGAAGGACAGCACUUGCAGCUCGCCAUUCGCCAGUACUCCCAGGAGAUUGAAACCCCCAUGGGGCCGGAAAACAUGGAUGCGCUGUUCUCGGCCUGCCUUCUCAUGACGGUCAAUUCCUUCCCUCUCGAGAAAUACAACCCACGCCAGUCAUUCGUAUUCGCAGAGAACCCCGCCCCAUCUCUCAACUGGCUCUUCGUGCAAUCCGGCCUAAGCCAUCUUCUUUGCCGCGCCCAGCCCUGGCUACCGCGCAGCAUGUGGUUGGAAACGUUCCUGUCCUCGAGCAGAGAAAACCGCGACUUCUACCAAGACAAACGCCCCGGACGCGACCGCUUACCCAGCGCCCUCGCCGACAUAUGCGGCAUCACCGAGCACACAACCGAAGAAACUAACCCCUACCUGUGGCCGCUGCGCAUGCUGACCCCUCUGCUCUCCGUGGAGCCUUCCCUCGCGACAUUUUCGCAGUUCACGACCUUUAUGGGCCGUCUGCUCCCGGAAUUUCAUGACCGUUUGAUUCAGAAAGACCCGCCGGCCCUGAUUCUUCUGGCCUGGUGGCUGGCCCUCAUGUAUUCUAUUGACUUGUGGUGGGUGAAGACCCGCGCCAGAUCCGAGUGCGCGGCUAUCUGUAUGUAUCUCGAGAACAGCCGUGAUCCGCUGGUCCUCAAGCUGCUGGAGUUUCCAGCCCAGAGAUGUGGAAUCUUACUUCCUUCGGCCUGUUCGGCUUGACCUGGCCGAUUGGAUUUUGGAAGAAUCCUUGCCUGUUAAUGUGUACUUUUUUUAUCACAGAUCACAGAUCUCAUUUGGAAGAAGCCUGCUGUAUCAACAGCAAGAACAUUUCAAAGCUGAGGGCAUGUUUAUUAUUUAUUUUAUUUGUUCAUUUAUUUAAAGAGGCCAGUUUUUUAUUAUAUUCGUUCAUACAUUACAUACAUAAUAGAAUAU